CAAUAGAAUGCCAUUUUAUAAUUUUUAUGUUCUGGAAAAAUUCAAGGAUUUGUCUAGCAAUAAUAUUGGAGAGAACUCAGUGUCUGAUACUACAUUUUACUUUGUCGUUGGAAAAAGACAACCUUCAUAUUUCUGAUGUAUAAUGUGGUGGUAUUCCUUAUUCACAAGUACCUUUCCUCUAAAAUUUAUAAAUCCCUGUUGUGAAUGAUAUAAAAGUUUUUGGGAUUUCACUAGAAAUGUGUUAGUAGUGUGAGUACUCUCGGUUCUUGGUAGUCCUAUUCUAACUACUUUUUAUUUAUUAUUUUGCAAUUGAGAUGAUAAUGGUAGUGCAAACCCUGAAAUUAUGUAAAAUUCUCUUAUUUUAGGCACUUGUAGGAGGAUCCAUGGUAGGUUAUAGUCCCAAGGGAAUGCAACUGCUCAAGACUCAUUGGUGUGGUUGGGUUUUGAUUCUUUAUUCCUUCUGAUGUUUUGAUCAUUAUGCUUAUUGAUAUAGCAAGCACUGACACACACAGUUGCACAAUCACAAUAUAGAGAAAAGAAAAAAAAAAGGAUAUAUUUAUGUGCUUCGGCUGUAAAAUCUACGUCCACCAUCCAAAUAUGAGAGAAAAUACACUAUAUUAGAAAAAGAGAGAGAUAGAAUCACACAGAAUUCUCCAAACCUUAGCUCUAGUAGAUUUUCUAAAACUUAUGUCAAAGAAUGAGGAGACAUCCAAAAAGGGGAUAGAAUUUGCUCUUGCUGCUCUGAUGAAUAUUCCCUCUCAGUAUAGCAAAACAAAAUAUCUAAAUUUGGGUUGUCAAAUAGGAAGCGUUCCUGAGAGGAUUCCCCUUCCUCCACCUGAAAUUGGAGAAUCAUCUUUCAAUAACUCACAUGUACCACCUUGUGAAGGAGACAGCCAGCCUGUUGAUUCAGCUCUGCUUGCUGUGAGCCAAAUUAAUGAAGAAAUGGUGACCGAGGCUCUUGCUCGUGCUGGCCUUGAGUCUUCCAAUCUCAUUGUUGGCAUCGAUUUCACAAAGAGCAAUGAGUGGACAGGAUCAAGAUCAUUUAACAGACGAAGCUUGCAUCACAUUGGAGAUGGUGUAAAUCCCUAUGAACAAGCAAUAUCCAUUAUUGGGAAAACUUUAGCUGCCUUUGAUGAGGAUAAUUUGAUUCCCUGUUUUGGAUUUGGGGAUGCAUCUACGCAUGAUCAAGAUGUUUUCUGCUUCUAUCCGGAUGAGAGAUUUUGUAAUGGAUUUGAAGAAGUUCUGAGUCGCUACAGGGAAAUUGUGCCCAAUCUCCGACUUGCAGGACCAACCUCUUUUGCACCUAUCAUUGAAAUGGCAUCAACCAUUGUUGAGCAGAGUGGUGGCCAGUACCAUGUGUUAUUGAUAAUUGCAGAUGGGCAGGUUACUAGAAGUGUUGAUACGGAGCGUGGACAGCUAAGUCCACAAGAGCAGAAGACUGUUGAUGCCAUUGUAGAGGCAAGUAAGCUUCCCUUAUCGAUUGUAUUAGUUGGGGUUGGAGAUGGACCUUGGGACACGAUGAGGGAAUUUGAUGAUAACAUCCCUGCUCGAGAGUUCGAUAAUUUCCAAUUUGUAAAUUUUACAGAAAUUAUGUCAAAGCAUGUGGACUCAUCCCAAAAGGAGACAGAAUUUGCUCUGGCAGCUCUAAUGGAAAUUCCUUCUCAAUAUAAGGCCACGAUAGAGCUUAAUAUAUUGGGUCGUUGCAAGGGGAAUGUUCCUGAGAGGAUUUCCCUCCCUCCACCUUUAUAUGGUGCAACAUCUUUCAGCACCUCUAAACCUUCCCAAUCGAACAGUUUUAAGCCAAGUUUUCCUUCUAAUCCAGUUGACACCCAACCAGCCAGCUCAGCUCCACCUGCUCCAGCUUCAACUUAUGAUAAUCAGGUUUGUCCCAUUUGCCUCACUAAUGCGAAGGACAUGGCCUUUGGUUGUGGUCAUCAGACGUGCUGUGAAUGUGGAGAAAGCCUUCAGUUAUGUCCGAUCUGUCGAAGCACAAUUCAAAUGAGAAUAAAGCUCUACUAAAGCAGUGAUGUAACCAUUGUUUAUAUAUAUAUAUAUAUAUUUCAUCAUUCAUUGUGAUUCAUUAUUAAAUAUUGAAAAUAUCGGUUCUGCUGGUAUUAGCUUCAGAUGUAUGAUGUGGAUUCAAGGGAAUGAAAUCAAUGCCCUAUGUACAUCACUCCUACUGGAUUGAUUCUUUCUUAUUACUCUUCCAUGGAUGCUGGUCAGAAUGUUCCCCCUUGAUUAAGACUCGAGAACCAUACAAGAAGCAGAUGAAUGCCUUAAAGGCAUUUGGUUAAAACCAAUCCAUGUCAAGCCGCUGGAAACAUAAAUAUUAUCUAUGGAUGUAUGAUUAGGUCUGGUCAUUUAUUCUUACUAAUCAAAGAGUAGAUCCAGAUGGUGGGAUCUAUCAGUUAAAGUUGGUAGUUAGGUACCUUAGAUUCUCGACUGUUUGAUCUCAAUUGUGGAAUUUCUCAAGAGAAGCAUUUUUAUUA